GCCACUCACGCGCCGGGGAGGGGACGAUCCGCUGUGGUUGUUGCUGCUGAUUGUCCCGCGCACGCUGGUAAUUCACAUCACGGAGGCCUGACACACCCUGCCCUACUCUGCUGCACUCUGCCACGCCACCCUGACACUAAAGAGGACCAUGACUCCCACCCUCCAUCACCUUCUGCUGGUCACCCUCCUGCCAGCCGCCCUUUGCUUCCCCAAUGUGAUACAGGAUGAGAAGACCAAGUGGGGGGGAGGAGUUUUGCCGGGUGAAGUACUGCGCCGUGAUGUCAGAGAGCCGCCAGGACCACUGCUGCUCCGCCUUCAAGCAGUGCUGUGCCUAUGUGGAGAUGAGGAGCAGUGCUGGUCCCUUCACCUACCUGGAGCUCGGUGAGGUCGCCAAGACGCCGCCGCCACCACCACCACCACCGACCUUCAACCCGCGGGACAUCUACGUGGGCCCGCCAAAGUCCAUGCGUCUUGUUGAGGAAACCAAGCCGCCCAGCCUGUCCCUGACUCGCCACCACCACCACCACCACUACCGCAACCACCAUUCCACGCCCCAGCCUCGUCCCGCCAUCCACCUCCUGGGCGCCGGCGAGGACAUCAUGAAAACUAGCUACAAUGACCAACUGGUCAAGGAUCAUGAGCGAUUGUGUGUGGCCUCGUUCUGCGCCCUGAUGUCCCCCAACCAACACAAACUCUGCUGCAGCAUCUACGACCAAUGCUGCUCCUACUCCAACUACCGCCACCUCUUCGACCCCUUCCAUCCUGACAACAACGGCAGGCGGCGCUAGCAUUCACACCGGCACUGACAACGCGUUUGUGUUUGUCUCUCCUUAACUGUACUCGUCGGCACCACCUUUACCUGUGUGUGUGUGUGUGUGUGUGUGUGUGUGUGUGUGUGUGUGUGUGUGUGUGUGUGUGUGUGUGUGUGUGUGUGUGUGUAUGGUUUAUCAAGAUGCAAUCAAAACUACGGCUAGUAAGAAAGAUAACCUUAAAAGUGACUCUCGGAUAUAAGUUACUUUUUCGGAGUGUCUAUCGCACCGUACCUACACAAGCCUUCCCACGUGCCUCAUCUCAGCCUUCCUUCCUUCCUUCCUUCCUUCCUUCCUUCCUUCCUUCAUUCUUCUAAUCAUUCACACAUCAAGGCAAACAUCUUCCUGCUAUUCUUCUCUCUACCCGCGACUCGUGUCUUCGUUGUCUUCAUUCCAAAUCCCCCACGCACAUCUCACUCUCCAGUUUUCUCCUCUCCUCCCCCGUUUUUUCUUGUUCAGAAUAGACUAAGUGAUCUCUUAAGUACUGUAUGUAAACUCUACGACAUAUGUAAGUCUCUCUCUCUCUCUCUCUCUCUCUCUCUCUCUCUCUCUCUCUCUCUCUCUCUCUCUCUCUCUCUCUC